AUGGCAGCAGAUUUGGAGUUGAUCAAUUUGCUAAUCAUAGGAGGAGCCACACUAGCUAUUCCCAUCCUGGCUUUUGUUGCCUAUUUCCUGUUUUGGCCAGCGACACUGAUAAAAGUUUAUUAUUGGUACUGGAGGAGAACUCUUGGACUGCAGGUGCGGUUUGCAGAUUGUGGUGGAUACCGCUUCUGUUACUCAUACAGAGGAAAACCAGGAAUGAGACCAAGUAUUUUAAUGCUGCAUGGUCUGUGCGCUCACAAGGACUCGUGGCUCUCUGUUGUCAAGUACCUACCAAAGCAUUUGCACAUAGUAUGCAUGGAUAUGCCGGGCCACGAGGGAACGACACGGACCAACAAUGAGGAUUACUCCAUAGUGGGCCAGACCAGAAGAAUUCAUCAGUUUGUAGAAGCCAUUCGUUUAAACAGAAAACCUUUUCACAUUGUUGGAACCUCGAUGGGAGGAAAUAUUGCAGGAGUUUUCGCAGCGUCUUAUCCCACAUACGUUUGCAGUGUGACCCUGAUAUGCCCAGAUGGAAUCAGACACCUUUGUGAAACCAAAUUUGACAAUCAUCUGCAGGACUUGGAACACAGCAAUUUCACACUAAACAUCCCCCUGAUUCCAACCACACCAGACGAGAUGGAAGACAUGUUUAAACUUUGUUCUCAUGUUCGAUUUAAAAUACCACAACAGAUUCUGCAAGGAUUGGUAGAUGUCCAAGAACCACACAAUGAGUUUUACCAAGAAGUUUUCAUGGAGAUUAUGAGCAACAAAUCAAGAUAUGCCUUACAAGAAAACUUACAUUUGCUCACAACUCCUUUGCAAGUCAUUUGGGGGAAACAAGACAUGGUAGUGGAUGUAUCUGGAGCUACGGUGAUAAAAGAAAUAUUGCCCAACUGCAGAAUUGACCUGCUGGACAACUGUGGUCACUCUGUGGUCAUGGAGAAACCUUCCAGGACAGCCAAGCUCAUCCUGGGGUUUAUCAUCCAGCAGCAAGAGGCGAGGGGGGGUGCUAAGAAGUCUUCCUGA